AUGUUUGACCACGUCGCGCUCUCGGUACCACAGGACAAGUACCCUGCAGUCGUCGCCUUCUACGUCGCCGCGCUCGCGCCACUCGGCUACGAACAGCUCGUCUCCAUGUUUGACGGCCGGCUCGUCGCCCUCGGCGAUAAAAACAGCCCGAUGGCCAACAAGGCCGACUUCUGGCUGUCGGGCAUGGCCGAGUCUUCCACGGAGAGCAACUAUGCGCACUGGGCCUUUGCAGCGAAUGAUCAUACCAAAGUCGAUGAAUUUUACGCAAAGGCGCUGGCAGCGGGCGGCAAGGACAAUGGUGCGCCUGGCCCGCGGCCACAUUUUGGGCCGCAUUAUUAUGCGGCGUUUGUGAUUGACCCCAUGGGCAACAAUGUCGAGGUUGUAAAGGCCUAUUUCGCUUUUAUCGAGAGACGUGAGUACCCAUUGACCGUCUUUGGAGAUCAGCAGCAACAGGCCGGCCAGAGGCUGGCAGUGUGA